GACGCCAAACGUCAUUUAGACGGAAAACGGAAGUUGGAAGCGGUGUUCAGCUUGCUAGAAUCGUUGCAAUUUGACAGCCUUUUUACUCUUCUGGAGUGUAUGGGAAUAGACGUGUAAAAUGAAGUUGAACGUAUCGUUUCCCGCUACGGGGGCUCAAAAGACCUUCGAGAUCCCCUCGGACGACCACAAGCUGCGUCACUUCUAUGACAAGCGUAUGGGCACGGAGCUGGCCGCCGACCAUCUCGGUGAGGAAUGGAAGGGUUACAUCCUGAAGAUUGCCGGUGGCAACGACAAGCAGGGUUUUCCGAUGAAGCAGGGUGUGCUGACCAACACUCGUGUUCGUCUGCUCCUGAAGAAAGGUCACUCGUGCUACCGUCCGCGCCGUACCGGAGAGCGCAAGCGUAAGUCGGUGCGCGGUUGCAUUGUCGAUCAAAACCUGUCUGCCCUGGCAUUGGUUAUCGUGCGCAAGGGCGAGCAAGACAUUCCCGGGCUUACCGAUGUGGAUUUACCGCGCCGUCUCGGACCGAAGCGUGCGAGCAACAUCCGCAAGCUGUACAACCUUACCAAGGAGGAUGACGUUCGCCGUUACGUCGUCAAACGCCCGCUGGAUGUCAAGGCUGGCAAGAAGCCCCGCUUCAAGUCGCCCAAGAUCCAGCGCCUGAUCACCCCGGUGGUGCUGCAGCGGAAGAGACACCGUCUGCUAAUCAAGAAGCGCCGCUCGGAGGCUCGCCGUGAAGCGGAAGCACAGUACGUGCGUCUGCUUGCCCUGCGCCGUCGUCAGGAGCGUGUGCGCCGUACAUCGCGCCUGUCGUCUACGCGUGACUCGCGCAGCUCGCAGACGUCCGAGAAGGACAAGAAGUCGCUGGCUGUGGCGAAGAAGAAGGAAGCCGCCUCCAAGAAGGAGUCCGCCAAGGAACCCGCCGCUAAGAAGGGGGCCGUCACGAAGAAGGACGCCGCGAAGAAGGAUGCCGGCAAGAAGGAUGCCACCAAGAAGGCUGCCGCCGGCAAGAAGGACGCCGCUAAGAAGGACGUCAAGAAGGAUGCCUCCAAGAAGGAGGUAAAGAAGGAUGGUAAGAAGGAGGUAAAGAAGGAUGCCCCGAAGAAGGAUGGCAAGAAGGAGGAGAAGAAGCCGGCAGCAGCAACCACCGCCGGCAAGAAGGCGGCAGCCGGAGCUGCUAAGCCCGAGGCCAAGAAGGCGGCGGCUGCCCCGAAGGCGGAGGGCAAGAAGCCGGCAGCGGCAUCCGCGACCGGUGGCGAAAAGAAGCCGGCCAAGAAGGAGGCAGCAGCACCGGCGGCAAAGGACGCAGGCAAGAAGGAAGCCCCGAAGCGCAAACCGGAACCGGCCCAGCAGAAGGGUGAAGCUAGCGCGGCCAAGAAGGAAAAGAAACAGCAGCAACAGAAAAAGAAGUAGAGA